GGGAAGGUCGCCAGGAUUAGGCGGAGUCUUGGGACCGCCCCUAGCAACGCGGUGCUAGGAGGACUGGUGGAGCGGCCGCCCGGAGGACCGGCGCUAGGUUAGAAGCACCCGUUAUCCCAGGUGGGGCUCCGGACACACGUCCUGCCGGGGAGCCCGACCGAAGUCGCGCAGCAGGAUGGCUGACUUGCUUUUCUGUGAGCCAACAGAACUCUAUAACAUCUUGAAUCAGGUCUCCAAGCUGUCCAGAUUGGCUGAGCCCAACUACCUCUGUUUACUGGAUGUCCGAUCAAAAAGACAGUAUGAGGAGAGCCAUGUGAUCACCGCCCUCAGAGUGAAGAAGAGAGCUCAUCAGUACCUCAUUCCAGAGUCUGUAGACCUGGAGUGUGUGCGAUACUGCAUCGUGUACGACAGCAACACCAGUUCCCUGGAGCUGUGCAUACGGCGGCAGCUGAAUGAGGAGGAAGAGGAGGAAGAAGUAGAAAGAGAGGACAAUGAGGAGGACACUGAACUCUUACCUGGACCUGCCGUGGAAUUUGGACAAAUCCUCAUUCACUUUACCCGCCAACCUGUCUAUGUCCUCAGAGGGGGCUAUGAAUGCUUCUCUGGCAUGUACCACUUCUUCCGGACUCAGAAGAUCAUCUGGAUGCCCCAGGAACUGGAUGCCUUCCAGCCAUACCCAGUUGAGAUUCUUCCAGGCAGGGUCUACCUGGGCAAAGUCAGUCAAGCCUGCAAUGCUAAGAUGCACAAGGACUUGAAAAUUAAAGCACAUGUCAACAUUUCCAUGGAGACAACACCCUAUUUUGUAGGCAAUGCAGACAAGCUCUUGCAUAUCAAGCUUGAGGAUACUCCAGACUCCUUUCUUUUUACCUAUUUCCGCCACAUCUGUCACUUUAUAGAACUUCACCUCAGGCUCCACUCUGUCAUUCUGGUCUUCUCCACCCGGGGCAUCAGCCGCAGUGUUGCUGCUGUGGUGGCCUUACUCAUGCAUUAUAAUGAGGAGACACUGAAGAGGUCCUGGGCCCAUGUGAAGAAAUGCAAAACCAACAUGCGUCCGAAUCGGGCCUUGGUGGCGCAGCUGCUGGAGUGGGAGAAAGUCCUCCAUGGGCAAUAUCUCACAGACAUCUCCGAGCCUAUCUACUGACCUUUGCCUGGAACGCAGCUGUGGUCACUGGGGAGUCUUGUUGGGACUUUGGGGGACUGGGGAGCUGGGUUUGCACUUGGCAUUGUCCAGGAGAAGACCUUUGCUGCCUGGAGGCUCAUAUCUGCAUCUUAAGACUGGUUCUGUUGUUGUUGUUGUUUUUCUCCAAUACUGAGGAUUGAACCUAGAGCAGUGGUUCUCAACCUUCCUAACGCUGUGACCCUCUAAUACAGUUCCUCAUGUGGUGACCUGUCCCGACCCGCAGGACAGUGAACUGGGGAAUCACCUGGAGGAGAACGGGGGAACAAGAAACACAAAGAACGGACAGCAAGUCAAAAUCUGAUCAAGCCGACAGAUUUUAUUUUUCCCAGGCAGGUUUUAUACCCAAAUAGAAGCAGGAUAUGGGGAGGGGGAUGAUGUAGAGUCGCUUUAUUUCUGGGGGAACGCACCUGUUCCCAAAAGCCGGAUACUGGCUGGGUAGAGAAAGAACUGAACAGGUUGUAGGUCCGUCCACUAAAAUCUAUACCUAUUGUUCUACCUGA